AUAAACAAAUCCCUCCGCCCCUCCUCUUUGAAUGCCUCGAAGCGUCGUCUUUAUGAAUUUCCAGCGCGCGCGGAUCCCCACCGAAAUGCGAAGCCCUGUGUGCCUUUUGUCUCUCAUCCCCACGCUCCUUCUCUCUCUAACGCCAUCGCUCCACCCUCUCCUCUCCAAUGCGACCAAUAUGGCUGUACUCUCCUCAACUCCUAUGGCGCCUGGGCCGACCGAGCGUCCUGUCACGCGCUCAACGUCACCUACCCAACCACCGAGCAACAGCUUCGCCUCGCCGUCGCUUACGCCAAUCGUAACAAUCUCAAGGCCAAGGUCGUCACCAAAUUCUCCCACACCAUUCCCAAGUUGGCUUGCCCUUCCGCUGAUAAUACUCUUUUCAUCAGUACGGAGAAGUACAGUUCAGGUAUUGAAAUUGACGCUGCUAAUUUGGUUGUGACGGUGGAUUCCGGCGUGCCGCUUCGUGAUUUGAUUGACAGAGUGGAGGAGAGCGGGUUCAGUUUGGUGGCUGCCCCGUAUUGGGAGGGUGUGACGGUGGCUGGGUUGAUUGCCACGGGUGCCCAUGGUAGUUCGUGGUGGGGCAACGGAGGAGCUGUUCAUGAUCAUGUUGUCGGGCUUACUAUUGUUGUUCCUGCUUCCAAAUCUGAAGGCUACGCCAAGAUUUUGAGGCUGGAACAGCACGAUCCUCUCCUUAAUGCUGCCAGAUUAUCGUUGGGAAUGUUAGGUGCCAUCUCCAAGGUAAAGUUAUUAAUAAAGCAUAGGUUCAAGCGAAGCGCAACCUACAAUUUUAAGGAUGAUGUUCAUAUGGAAGAUUUGUACUUGGAGCAUGCCAACAAGUAUGAAUUUGCAGACAUCACUUGGUAUCCUUCGAAGCACACGGCUGUAUACAGAUACGAUUCCAGGGUUCCCUUAAACGUCUCUGGUGAUGGCGUAUAUGACUUUAUUGGAUUUCAACCCAAUUCUAUUUUGGUCUCCAAAUCAGUUAGGGAAAUAGAAAAAUUGCAGGAAAAUAGGAGGGAUGUGAAUGGAAAAUGCCUAACGGCAACAACUACAGUAGCAUACAAGAAAUUAAUGGGAAAUGGGUUGAAGAACAAUGGCCUGAUCUUCACAGGCUAUCCAGUAGUGGGAUACCAAGGAAAAAUACAAACUUCAGGUUCGUGCUUAUAUUCGACAAGAAUUGACACAUCGUGUGCUUGGGAUCCCAGAAUCAACGGACUAUUCUUUUACGAGAGCACUGCAAUCUUCUCUGGAUCCACCUUCGGGGACUUCGUGCGUGAUGUGAAAAAACUAAGAGACUUGAACUCACAAAACUUCUGUGGCCUGGACAUCUACAAUGGCUUCUUAAUACGCUUUAUCAAAGCCUCAAAUGCAUCUCUAGGCCAAUCCCAAGACUCGGUGGUGAUUGAUUUCAACUAUUACCGUGCGGACGACCCCUCGACUCCGAGAUUAAACCAGGAUGUGUGGGAAGAGGUGGAGCAAAUGGCGUUCUUCAAAUAUGGAGCCAAGCCACAUUGGGCCAAGAAUAGGAACGUGGCUUUCUUGGGUGUGCAGGAUAAGUAUCCCAAGUUUAAGGAGUUCAUUACAGCCAAGCAACAAUUGGAUCCUCAGAAUAUGUUCUCAAGUAAAUGGUCAGAUGACUUAGUGUAUGGCAAACAAGGGGAAAAAGUUGACGGGUGCGCGUUGGAGGGACUGUGUAUAUGUUCUGAAGACAGACAUUGCAGUCCACAAAAGGGGUAUUUUUGCAGACAAGGCCUCGUCUACAAAGAAGCCCGAGUUUGUAGGUACUCACCGUUCUCCAUUGCCUGAUGCUUUUGUGGUACACACACACACAUAUAUUACUCUACUCGUCAUUAUGUAAUUAAUAAUUAAGUGAGAAUUCACAUUUUAUGGGGGAAUUUUUCAGAAUUUCGUAUGGCAAACAUUUAUAAGCAUCA